AUGGUAGAUGAUGAAGAGUUAAGAAGACUACGUUUUGUUUUGAGUAAAAAAGUAGGGAAAAUAAAAUAUUUUUUCUCCUAUUUAUUAUACAAGCUCUUUAACCAUUUUUAUAAUAAAAAAAACAAAAAAAGAGAGAGAUAUGUAAAUAUCCAUGGAAGAACAUCUCCAAAAUUUUUUUGUGAUAAUAAAAUAAGAAGUACAAAAUAUACCGUUUUAUCAUUUAUACCUUUAUUUUUAUUUUAUCAAUUUGCUGAUUUUUUAAAUUUAUUUUAUUUAUGUGUAUCACUUUUGCAAAUAAUACCAAUAUUUAAUACAGGAUAUGUAUUUACAUUUGUAGCACCUCUUAUCUUUAUUAUUUUCAUUAGCUUAAUAAAUGAGGUAGUAGAUGAUCUUAAAAGAUUUAUAAAAGAUUUAGAAAACAAUAAUGAAAUAUAUUACGCACUUUUAGAAAAUGGAAAUUUUGAAAAAAUAUAUUCAAAAGAUAUAAAAGUGGGGGAUAUCAUUUUAAUUAAGUCAAAACAAAGAGCUCCAGCAGAUUGUAUCUUACUAAGAAAUUUAAAUAAAAAUGAAGAAUAUACAUUUAAGGUAGAAGAGAAGAAGCUAUUUGGUAAUAUAAAAUUAAACAAAAACUCCAAUGUGUAUAAUAAAAUAAAUAAAAGUUAUUACCAUUUCAAUAAAAAUAUUGACAAUGAAUUAAUUGAUGAUCGAUAUAAUGAGUCAAAUAAUAAUUACAGUGAAACUAGUAAUAAUUUGUUGUUUAGUGAAAAUGAAAAAUCACAAAAUGGAAUGAAAGAAAAAAGUUAUAUGUUAAAGGACAAAGACCAGAUUAGUCAUAAGAAUGAUAUUAAUGGAUUAAACUCAAAAAAUGACGCACAAACGAAAAAGAAAAAAAAAAAAAAAAAAAAAAGCAACAACAAUACUAGUAGUAUUAGUAGUGAUAGUGAUGGAGAUAACAACAAUAAUAGCAACACUAACAACUGUAACAAUAACAGUUAUGAUAACAAUAACAGUAACGGUAACACUAACAUGAACACUAACAUGAACACUAACAUGAACACUAACAUGAACACUAACGUUAACAAUGAUAAUAGCGGAAGUGGUAGUAGUAAGAGGAAGAGCAGUAAGAACAACAAGAAAAAAAAGAAAAAGAGAAAAAAGAAGAGUAGUGACAAAAGUGCGUCCAACGAAACAGCUAACUAUACCUAUGUGAAGACGGACAAGAUUGAUGGAGAAACUGAUUGGAAAAUUAAAUAUCCUAUUCAUAUAUUUCAAAAUUUUAAAAGAUUAAAAGAUUUUUUCACGAUUGAUAUAUUAUUUAUUAUAGAACAACCAAAGAAUGAUAUUUACAAAAUCGAAGGGUCCUUUGUUAUAUUUAAGUAUAACCCUUAUGGUGAUUUUAAAACGGUUGAAAAUAAUAAUAAUGGCCUAAAUGACAAUCAACUUUUAAAUUAUUCCUUCGAUUUAGCAAAAGAUGAAGGAGUAGAUAUAGAACCGAACGAAGACUAUGCGGAUGAAGAGGAAGAAUACGACGACGAUGAUGACGAAUUUGAUGAAGACGAUGAGGAUGAUGAUGAUGAUGAGAAUGGAAGUGAUGAAGAAGAGGAAGAAAUAGAUGAACAUUGUAAUAAAAAUAAUCAAAAGAAUAGAGACGCUUAUGAUGAAGUGAAUACAUAUGCUUAUACUGAAGAUGAUGAUAAAAGGAAAUUAAUAGAUAAAGGAUACAUGAAUUUAGAAGAAACCGAAGCAAAAGACACUGAUUAUAUGUAUAACAAAAAAGAAAUUAAUAAAGAAAAAGAUAUAGUAAAAUUUGUAGAUGUUGAAAAAGGAGGAGCAGGAGAAUUAGAAAGAUUAAAUGCUGCAAAAAAUAAUAAUAAUAAUAAAAAUAAUAAUAAUAGUAAUAAUAAUAAUAAUAAUAAAAAUAAUAAUAAUAAUAAUAGUAAUAAUAAUAAUAAUAAUAAUAAUAAUAAUAAUAAAAAUAAUAAUAAUAGUAAUAAUAAUAAUAAUAAUAAUAAUAAUAAUAACAGUUAUGUUAAUGAUAGAAGCAUGUGUAGUGUAUUUAAUAAUGAAGAUAAUUUUAAUUUUUAUAAUGUUAAUUAUAGAAAGAAGUUAAGUUAUGACAACUUUAUCCUAUUUAACUCAGUUAUAACCAGUUCAGAUGUUAUAUGUUUAGUUAUAUAUACAGGAAGUGAUACAAGGGUGAAUAUGAGUACACAAAUUAGUAAAAUGAAGCGAGGAAUGAUAGAUAAGAAGUUGAAUGUGAUAACUCUUUUUUUAUUUAUUAUACUAGCUCUAUUUUCUAUGUAUAUGUGCUCAAUCAAAUUAAACCAUUUGUGGUAUUUGAAUUUUAUUCGUUUUGUUUUAUUAUUUUCUUCUGUUAUACCUAUAUCAUUAAGUGUUAAUUUGAAUAUUGCUAAAAUAUAUUACACAUUUGUAAUUCAGAAGGAUAAAGAAAUAGAAACAACAAUAAUAAAAAAUAGUUCAAUUAUUGAAAAUUUUGGUGAUGUGGAUUAUAUUUUUACUGAUAAAACAGGAACGUUGACCGAAAAUGUUAUGGUACUUAAAGUAAUACAUAUCGGUUUAGAUGUUAUACAUGCAGAGAGUGAAAAAAAUAUGUUACAGAAUAAUAUGGAAAAUAAAGUUAAAGCAAAUUAUAAUAAAAAUAUGCUUUCGUACAAUUUAGAUGAUAUAAAUGAAGAUGUAGAUGCUUCAUCUUUACAACUGUCUUCUAAUUAUUCAAAACAUGAUCGAAGAAGUAAAAUGAAUAAUAAAGGUAAUGAUUAUGCAGCUUUUAAUUAUGAUAUAGAGAGUGGUAAGAAUAAGAAUGAUAUGCAAACAUUACGACAGCUGAGUAAGGCAAAUGUCGUUGAACAUAUUAAUAUUAAUGAUGAAGAUGAUUUUGACUAUGGUAAUUUUAGUCAACAUGGUAAGUCUAAUUUUGCGGAAAACAAUUUCCGUGAUAUGAAUAUCAAAAUAUUUAAACAAAAUAAUUUAGGAUUAAAUCAAAACAUGGCACAAAAAAGAACUGAUAUGUUAAAGAAAAAUAAUAUUAUUCAUAUGGAAAAAAAGAAAAAAGUAGAACAAAUGGUAGAUGAAUUUUUAAAAUAUAAAUCAGACCCAUUAGAUUAUUAUAAUGAUAAUGUAGAAGAUAUCGAGUUUUUAAAAAAACAUAGAGUAUUUCAAACGUUUUUAUCCUUUCUCAUUUGUAAUAAUAUUAGAACAUUAGCAAAAGAAAAUAAUAGCAAAGAAAAGGAACAUAAAGAAAAAGAUUUUCAAAAAAAUUUUUAUUAUAUACUAAAAGUCAAUAGAAGGAGUAAAAAAAAAGAUAGCAAAAUGAAUAAAAAGGACAAAAAUGUAGAAAAUAAUACUAAUAGUAAAUUUACUUACGAUAAGAAUUAUUUUGAAUCCAACAGCUCAGAAGAUGCCGAAACGUUUUCGCACUCAGAUGUAAGUUAUCAGUGUUCUUCCCCUGAUGAACUAGCCUUCUUAAAAUAUGCAACUAAUUGUGGUUUUAUUUUAAAAAAAAAAACAGCUAGUAAAAUUGAAAUUAAAUAUAAAAAUAUCAUUCUCGAAUAUGAUAUAUUAUUACAUAUACCCUUUUCCUCAGAAACGAAAAGAAUGAGUAUUUUUGUGAGAAAUAUAAAAAAUAGAAAUAUCUACUUCUUCAUUAAAGGUGCAGACAAUAUAUUAAUAAAAAAAUGCCAUGAAAAAUAUAAAACAUUUAUAUAUGAAGAGAGUGAUCAUCUCUCAAAUCUGGGGUUACGAGUUUUAGUUCAUGGAUUUUUAAAUAUAGAAGAGCAGUUUUUCCACAACUUUUCCACACUAUAUAACAAAAACAAGGAUGUCAAAGGACAACUAGAAAAUAUAUUAGAUUAUGUUGAAAAGAAUAUCAAGGUGUUGGCAAUAACCGGUGUUGAGGACAAGUUACAGGAGGGAGUUGGAAAGACCAUCGAGAUGCUGUACAACAGUGGCAUAAAAGUCUGGGUGUUGACAGGAGACAAAAUAGAAACAGCAAUAUGUAUUUGCAAAAAUGCUAAUAUAAAAAAGAAGAAGCACAAUAUUUACAUAUUCAGGCAUGAAAAUAUUAAGAGCACUUCUAACCUAAUAAGAGAGUUUAACUCCAUUUUAAAUAAUAUAGAUUCCUAUGUUUUAUUUUUUGAUAAUAUUAUCAUACAAAAUUGUAUUAAAUAUAUUCCUAAUGCCUUUGUCGAUUUCGCGGCAAAUGCACGUGCAGUGGUUUGCUGCAGGUGUAGCCCUAUAGAGAAGAAGGAAAUUGCGGUUUUAAUAAAAACAAUUAAGAGAAAGAAAAUUUUGUGUAUAGGUGACGGGGGUAAUGAUGUUGCUAUGAUUCAGUCGGCAGAUAUUGGUAUUGGUGUAUUAGGAAAAGAAGGAAAACAAGUUGUUCAUGAUAGUGAUAUAAUUGUUUCAAAAUUUAAAAACAUAAAAAAGUUAAUACUUUAUUAUGGGAAUAAUACUUUUUUGCAAACAUCAUCCCUAUGCUCCUUUUUAAUUCACAGGGGAUUUAUUUUAACCUAUUUGCAAUUUAUAUACAGUUAUAUUUUUUUCAGUAUUCCCGUUUCAAUUUUUCAAGGUUGGUUGCAAAUUGGUUACACGACUUACUACACAACUGCGCCCUUUUUGUCCCUUCUGCUGGAUAUAAAGAUAAAGAAAAACUUGAUAUAUUUGUACCCAGAAAUUUAUAAAAAUAAAAAGCAUAAAAGGAAGUUGGAUCUUAAGUCCUUUUUUAUUAUCGUGUGGAUAUCUAUUUUUCAGGGAACUGUUGUUAUGCUGGGAGCGCUGAAAUUGUUCAACGAUAACUACAACAAUCUUAUAAACAUAUCAUUUUCGUCCUUAAUUGUUUUAGAAAUAAUGAAUAUACAUUUGGAAGUGGAAUCAUGGCACCCAUUAAUGAUAUCGGCAAAUUUGUGCUCCUUCAUUGUUUACAUUUUUUCGAUGUUCAUACUGAGGAACUAUUUCGAUAUUAUGCAAAUCAUGUCAGUUAUGUUUUGGUACAAAGUUAUAUUAAUUGUUCUCUUCGCUUGGUUACCUUUUUAUAUAAUUAAAAAAGUAAAAAAUAUUAUUACGCCUUCUCAAUUUUUUAAACUUGCAUGA